AUGCCAACUACUAUACCCCAGCCAGGGACUGACCUAUCGGGCAACGGCCACCUACCGCCCAAUGACGUGCGGUUUGGACUAAGUAUGGUCCAGGUCGACCUGUGGCUAAAAACCCAUUAUGAGGGAACCUUCACUGAUGAAGGUGUUCCGCCUCAACUCCAUACAAACACGUCAGGUUCCAUCGAAUCCUUCCAGCUCUACCUUCGCGCUCAACCCCUUUGA